ACGAACGCUGUCGAAGCGCGCUGUUCUCGAAAGCUGUUCCCCUCGCCGUAGUUUCAACGAUCGGAGCGUUGAAACGUCGAAAGCCACGAGACGACACUUCGCGCCCAAUUUCCGAACAAAGAAGAAACCGAUAAACCGUUUCAUCUGUCUGUUAUUAUUCACGUUCGAGGAUAUAACAAACGCAUCGUUUCAACGAACGUUGUCCAAAUGCACACGACCCGUAUAUUUUUCUUUUUGUCCAUUGAAAAAUGAACACUCGUUGAACGCGAUGAACCAAACGACGAGUCUCAUUGCUUCGAUCGAGGAUUUCGUUGUAUCGACGAUCGGGAUCGUUGUCACGGGCCAGGCGAGAAAUGUAUAAUAUCGCUUUCAAACGUAAGCGUUUGAACGUCGUGGGUGCAAGAUCGAUUGGUUUGUCAACGUCGGAGAGGAUCGGUUACACGAGUAUCGGGAAGGAAUUCGUCGGGGGACGAAGAACGAGGAACGUGGAACGGAGGUAAUCGUCGAGGGAUGAUCGUCCAGUUACCGAUAGAUUUCGGAGGGCUACGGGAGUAUCGGAGAAACAGAAGAAACAACGAAUAAAGAUGAAAGAGUCUCGUACGUAAAAAAAAUGGCACCGUUCCACGGCAUGGCCCUUAUACUGCUUGGAAUCGGGUACCUGUUACACGCCGAACCGCCGUCCGGUUACCGGAACCUAGCGGUGCAACGGCUCGACGACGAGAAGCCCGAGAAACCGGAGCAACGCUCGCAUCGCGGGACGAAGAGGACAUAUUUUUUCAAAGACACGUCCCAAAAGGUGACCGCGAUCGUGGGACAAACCGUUGUGCUGUUGUGUCGCGUGAGGAAUCUGGGCAACAGAACCGUGUCUUGGAUCCGAAAAAGGGACUUGCACAUCCUAACGUCCAUGUCCGUGACUUAUACGAGCGACGCAAGAUUUACGAUAGUCGGCAAUCCGGAGAACGACGACUGGAAUCUGCGAAUAGAUUACGUGCAACCACGGGACGCAGGCAUUUACGAGUGUCAAGUUAAUACAGAGCCCAAGAUAUAUAGGGCGGUCGCAUUGAAAGUUUUGGACGUGCGGGCGAAGAUCACGGGCCCGGAAGAGGUGUAUGUCAAGAAGGGCAGCACGAUUAGUCUGACUUGCAUCGUGGACGCGCAAGACAUUCCCCCGAAUAACGUGACUUGGUACCAUGCAGGUGCGAUGAUCGAUUUCGACGGUCCAAGGGGCGGCGUUUCGUUGGAAACGGAGAAAGGUAAGAAUGGCACGACCAGCAAGCUGCUAAUAACGCGUGCACUGAUCAAUGACAGCGGCAAUUACACGUGCGUCUCGAGCAAGAUCGCCUCGGCGAGCGUGAUGAUUCACGUGUUGAAUGGGGAACAUCCUGCGGCGAUGCAGCACGGCGGCACCGGUAACGUCAACAGAAGAGCGAUAUUAUUCAGCCUGGUCCUGCUGGUGGACACGAUAUUUCGGUGAGCGACGUUUCUGCCUCUGGCCCCCCGUGGCCCUUCCGCGAAGGGUUUUCAUCGUUGGGGCCACGCCGAUCGUUUACCAGCAACUCGCCAAAGUGAUGUAUAGGGGGAGACUUCGACGUGUGAUUUACGAGCCGCGCCGUUUAUCGCGCGAACUGAAUUUUCUAUGAACCCGAGGACUCGGCUACGAGAUAUUUUACGGGCACGCACCGCGCGGGCGAUUCCAUAAAGUCACUCUAUCGCUCCGAUCCUGUCGUCAGACUUCACUGUAACAUUCCUCUAGAACAAU